AUGAUGUGGUCCCUACCAACCACCUUGCCCCUGUUCCUGCUGCUGCUGCUAAACCAAGCCCCUCCUAGCAAUCCACAGUCACUGGGCACAGCAAAGCUCCGGCUGGUGGGCCCAGGGAGCAGGCCAGAGGAGGGCCGCCUGGAGGUGCUGCACCAGGGCCAGUGGGGGACAGUGUGCGAUGAUGACUUCGCCCUCCAGGAGGCCACAGUGGCCUGCCGCCAACUGGGGUUUGAGGCUGCCUUGACCUGGGCCCACAGUGCCAAGUAUGGCCAAGGGGAAGGACCCAUCUGGCUGGACAACGUGCGCUGUUUGGGCACAGAGAGCUCCCUGGACCAGUGUGGGUCUAACGGCUGGGGUAUCAACGAUUGCAGCCACUCAGAAGAUGUUGGGGUGGUGUGCCACCCCAAGCGCCAGCGAGGCUACUUUUCUGAGAAGGUCUCCAAUGCCCUUGGGCCCCAGGGCCGGCGGCUGGAGGAGGUACGGCUCAAGCCCAUCCUUGCUAGUGCCAAGCGGCGCGUUCCAGUGACCGAGGGUGCCGUGGAGGUGAAGUACGAGGGCCACUGGCGGCAGGUGUGUGACCACGGCUGGACCAUGAACAACAGCAGGGUGGUGUGUGGGAUGCUGGGCUUCCCCAGCGAGGUGCCUGUCAACAGCCCCUACUACAGGAAAGUCUGGAAUCUGAAGAUGAAGGAUCCCAAGUCUAGGCUGAAGGGCCUGUCGAGUAAGAAUUCCUUCUGGAUCCACCGAGUAAACUGUCAGGGCACAGAGCCUCACAUGGCCAACUGCCAAGUGCAGGUGGCUCCACCGCGGGACAAGCUGCGGCCGGCCUGCCCAGGAGGCAUGCAUGCUGUGGUCAACUGUGUGGCAGGGCCCCGCUUCCGCUCCGCAAAGGCAAAGCCUCGGCGCAAGGAGUCCAGGGAAGAGGAGCUGCGGGUGCGCCUGCGCUCCGGGGCCCAUGUGGGUGAGGGCCGAGUGGAAGUGCUCCUGAACCGCCAGUGGGGCACAGUUUGUGACCACAGGUGGAAUCUCGUGUCUGCCAGCGUCGUGUGCCGGCAGCUUGGCUUUGGCUCAGCUCGAGAGGCUCUCUUUGGGGCCCAACUGGGCCAAGGGCUGGGGCCCAUCCACCUGAGCGAGGUGCGCUGCAGAGGAUACGAGCGUACCCUCAGUGACUGCCUGGCCCUCGAAGGGUCCCAGAAUGGCUGUCAACAUGAGAACGAUGCUGCCGUCAAGUGCAACAUCCCCGACGUGGGUUUCCAGAACCAGGUGCGCCUGGCUGGUGGGCGUAGCCCUGAAGAAGGCAUCGUGGAGGUACAGGUGGAGGUGAACGGUGUCCAGCGCUGGGGAACUGUGUGCAGUGACCACUGGGGACUCAGUGAAGCCAUGGUGGUCUGCCGACAGCUUGGCCUAGGUUUUGCCAACCAUGCCAUCAAGGAUACCUGGUACUGGCAGGGGAGCCCAGGGGCUGGAGAAGUGGUGAUGAGUGGGGUGAGCUGCCUGGGCACAGAGCAGGCUCUGCAGCAGUGUCAGAGGCACGGCCCAGUGCACUGCUCCCAUGGCAGCGGGCGCUUCUCAGCUGGAGUCUCCUGCACCAACAGUGCUCCGGACCUGGUGAUGAACGCCCAGCUAGUACAGGAGACAGCCUACCUGGAAGACCGUCCGCUCAGCCUGCUGUAUUGUGCCCACGAGGAGAAAUGCCUCUCCCAGUCGGCUGACCACAUGGACUGGCCGUACGGGCACCGACGACUACUGCGCUUCUCAUCCCAGAUUUACAACUUGGGCCGAGCUGAUUUCCGUCCCAAGACUGGCCGCCACAGCUGGAUUUGGCACCAGUGCCACAGGCACUACCACAGCAUCGAGGUCUUCACCCACUAUGAUCUACUCACUCUCAAUGGCUCCAAGGUGGCUGAGGGGCACAAAGCCAGCUUCUGUCUAGAAGACACAAACUGUCCAACAGGACUGCAGCGGCGCUAUGCAUGUGCCAACUUUGGAGAACAGGGAGUGACUGUCGGCUGCUGGGAUACCUACCGGCAUGACAUCGAUUGCCAGUGGGUGGAUAUCACGGACGUGGGUCCGGGGGACUAUAUCUUUCAGGUGGUUGUGAACCCCAAAUAUGAGGUGGCAGAGUCCGAUUUCUCCAACAAUAUGAUGCGAUGUCGCUGUAAAUAUGAUGGACACCGGGUUUGGUUGCACAACUGCCACACAGGAGAUUCAUACCGAGCCAAUGCAGAGCUCUCCCUGGAGCAGGAACAGAGACUCAGGAACAACCUCAUCUGA